GAUAAAGAGAAAGCCUGGCAGCUGAAGGAAGUGGCUGAUAAUAUUCCAAAGAGGCUAGCUAGGUGCUCAAGAGCGCGAGAGAGAUCACUCAUGGGGUCAAACUUAUUUGCGUUUCAACGUGUACGUGUUUCAAUGUGCAAACAUGAGAAUUCUCAAACAUUACUGAAACACUACACUUUUCAAGUUUAAAUUUUUUUCAACAUUUUCAUCUAAUCUCACAAAAACAAGAGAUCGAGUUGACAAAAGGAGAUCACAAUACUGAUGAAAAGAGUAGAGACCACGUGAAUCGAUGCUAGUUAAAGCCGUAUGUCAUGAAGUUCCGAGACAGAGUAAUAUGCUGACCAGGUUGAAGUAGUUUUAAGUGUUUUGAAAAUUCGAGGUUGUGAAAAUUCGAGAGCUGAGGAUCAUACACCUGCAGCUAUAUACGGAGAGUUAUUUUCUCAUGCAAUUAAUUAUCUCUUUUAGUGCUCAGAAAAAUAAUCCGUCAAGGAGACAGAUAAUCUAAAGUUCUUUAAAUAUCAUCUAUUUAGAACAGUACUGUCCCUUGUAAUCUUUGCCUGGUUUACACCAUACGGCCUGUAUUUUUUCUAAUUAUUCGACACUGCCAGCAGCACAAGUAAUUAGUUUUUAAGAAAGCACGCGAAUUGAAGGAAAACCAUGGCCUUCAAUGGAAACCUUUUGCAACCUCUGCUAGUACUUGGGGAACUGAUCGUGUUGAUGAUUUUAGUAGCGUCAGUAGCAUCUAAACCCAAUUCAGGAUGUGACCGUAGAUGUGGAAGUGUUGAAAUCCCCUACCCAUUCGGAACAAGCGAGGGUUGUUACCUUGACUCAACAUUUCUCAUCACUUGUAACAACACAAUAAUACAUGGGCCAAAACCAUCUCUGGGCCCUGAAAUGUUUGUCGAGGACAUAUCAGUAUUGGAUGGGGAACUGCGAGUCUCAAACCCCGUAGCCAGUCUUUGUAAAGAACUCAAGAUCAGCAAGGGCGGCAACAAACGAAAGGCUGAACAAUGCUCUGCAGGGGAUCCUUACUCAAGAUGCACCUACGAUGACCGGGAGCCUAUUCGUAGAAGUGUCAAGGACGCUGGCACCUCUGUCCUCGAGCACAGCGGCAACAAAGGAAAACCGAUACCGCAAAGCACCAACCAAGCUAUGCCAUGCUCUAAAGGGGAUCCUUACUCAAGAUGCAUCUCUGAUGGCCGGGAGCCUAUUAGCAUAAGUGUCAACUACAGUGGCAACUCUGCCUUGUUCAAGCUGUCAAAUUUUCGCAUUUCAAAUAAGAGGAACAAGAUUACUGCCGUGGGUUGUGGCGUUUAUUCGUUUAUUCAAGGCUCUGUGGAACAAAAGGGCUUCACUACUGGAUGCUUAUCACUCUGUAACUCCAAUGCCAGCGAUGUGGUUAACGGGUCAUGCUCUGGUAUUGGCUGUUGUCAGACUUCUAUCCCGAAUGGACCGACCGAAUUUGAUCUAAGUGUUCGGAGUUUGAGCGAGUACAACACGAAAACUCUUGACAUCGGUGAAUGUGCUUACGGCUUUAUAGUGGACGAAAAAGCAUACAACUUUUCAUCCUCGGAUUUCUCAAAUUUACUAAAUAGAAAGACUGUACCCCUGGUGCUUGAUUGGGCAGUUGGGAAUGAGACAUGCGAAGAUGCUAAGAAAAAUAAGAAUAGCUACGCAUGUAAGGCAACGCAUAGUUAUUGUUACAAUUCCAGCAACGGCCCUGGGUAUCGUUGCAAUUGCUCCGAUGGUUAUCAAGGGAACCCAUACCUCCCUGUUGGACCUGACAGUUGCCAAGAUAUCGACGAGUGCAAUUCGCUUGAGAAACCUUGCGCUGGUAAUGCAACAUGCACCAACACUGAUGGAAAUUACACAUGUACUUGUCGACAUGGGUACGAAGGAGAUGGGAGGAUGCCACCCGGCAUAGGUUGCAGACCUAGAGAAAGCCAAUCUAGAAUUAUUGCUAUUGCACUCGGUAUUAGCAGUGGCCUCUUAGUGCUCCUUCUGGGAAGUUCUUUGGUAUAUUGUGUACUGCAGAAAAGAAAGCUCAUUAAACUCAAAGAGAAGUGGUUCCAACAAAAUGGUGGCCUGAUGUUACAACAAAGACUUCCAAAUCAAACAGGAUCCACAGAGACAGCAAAAGUCUUCAGCACUGAAGAACUUGAGAAGGCAACCGACAAUUACAGCAAGAGCAGAGUCCUCGGCCAAGGAGGCUACGGCGUUGUUUAUAAAGGAAUAUUGUCGGAUAAUAGAGUGGUUGCGAUUAAAAAGUCAAAAAUUGGAGAUCAAAGUCAGAUUGAGCAAUUCAUAAAUGAGGUGAUUUUGCUUACUCAAAUCAACCAUAGAAAUGUUGUUAAACUAUUAGGUUGUUGUUUGGAAACAGAAGUGCCCAUGCUAGUCUAUGAAUUCAUCACAAAUGGAACACUUUCUGAACAUCUUCAUGAUAAAAGCCGAUCUUCCUUACUCUCAUGGGACAAACGUCUUAAGAUAGCAACAGAAAGUGCAGGGGCCCUUGCAUACUUACAUUCUGAAGCUUCCAUGCCAAUUAUACACCGAGAUGUAAAAACUGCAAAUAUACUUUUGGAUGAAAACCACACAGCAAAAGUAUCAGAUUUUGGAGCUUCAAGACUCGUUCCUCUUGAUCAAACACAAUUAACUACUUUGGUGCAAGGGACAUUAGGAUACUUGGACCCUGAAUACUUUCAUACUAGUCAUCUAACAGAAAAAAGUGAUGUCUAUAGCUUUGGUGCUGUAUUGGCAGAGUUACUGACUGGUAAGAAAGUGAUUUCCUUGGAUAGGCCUGAAAGUGAGAGAAAUUUGGCAACAUAUUUUGUUUCUAUGGUAAAAGAUGAUCGCUUAGUAGAAGUUCUUGAUGACAACAUUCACAAUGGAAGUUAUAUCGAAGAACUAAAGAAAGUUGCUAAUGUUGCAAAAAGAUGCCUAAGUGUUAAAGGAGAUGAUAGGCCUAGUAUGAAGGAGGUGGCAGUGGAGCUUGAUGGAUUGAGAGUUCAGGGAAAGAAGGCGAGGAAAGAAGCUAAUCUCAACACAGAAGAGAGUGAGUAUUUUCUUCAUCCAUCCACACACUCUUUAAGCAUUGAUGUUGGCGUUGGCUAUUCUUCCACAAGUACCAUUGAUAGUAUGGGGAAUCAAGCACUAAAACCAACAGAUGAUGGCAGAUAAUCCAUUAGUCCUUGAACCACAAUCAGCCAGCAUCUUCCUCCAAGUCAACGGAUGAUGGUAGAUUUCGGACUCUUUGCAUGUAGUGUUCAUGUUUUCUCAAUAUAGAUCUUUUUGUAUGUUAAAAGUUUUCUCACAUGGUCUGCUAAUUUGUAUUAUUGGGAGCUUUUGUAUGUACGAGUGAGCAAGUCUAGUAUUGCUCAAUUAUGUGUGCGCUUUGAGCUGGGUCGUCCUUUCAUCAUGUGUGUUCUAAGUUUUUAUUUGUGAAUUAUGGGUAGA